CACUGACUUGCAGCCAACCAUUGUGUUCAUUAUUUCACAAUUUUUUUGCUCAUUUCAAAUUUUAUACAUGAUGAUAAGGCUGAUCAUUUUAAUUGUUUCUCUUAAUGUAAUUGGGGCGAUAAACUCAGAUGAGAUUCCAACUGUGCGUACUACAGACGGUUUACUACGGGGAAAAUAUAUGACAUCGGAAAAUGGAAGAAUAUUCCAAGCCUUUCUUGGAGUUCCGUUUGCUGCGCCGCCCACUGGACCUCUUCGCUUCAUGCCCCCACAACCUCAUGGUAAGUGGGAUGGAAUAAGAGACGCUAUAGAAGAAGGUAAGAUGUGUGUGCAACUCAAGCCUGGGGGAGAUGAAGAUUGUUUGUACCUAAAUGUUUUUACGACAGAAGAAUCAAAGAACCGAUCACUUCCAGUCAUGGUGUACAUUCACGGUGGAGGAUUUUAUGGCGGUUCGGCCUCUAUCGAUUCUUACGGUCCCGAAAAAUUCAUGGAUGAAGACAUUGUUUUAGUCACUAUUCAGUACCGCCUUGGAGUGUUUGGAUUUCUAAGUAUUGAAGACAGUGUGAUGCCUGGCAACCAAGGCUUAAAAGAUCAGCGGUUGGCACUCCAGUGGGUACAAGAAAAUAUUGAAACUUUCGGUGGAGAUCCUUCAAAAGUUACCAUCUUUGGUAACAGCGCAGGUUCUGCGUCCGUUCAUUUGCACAUGAUAUCUCUUGGGAGUAAAGACUUGUUUUCUAGAGUAAUUUCUCAAAGCGGGACUGCUUUUAGUGCAUUUGCUUUCUCAGGAAAAGGAACAUCUAGAAAUAUUACCCUAAUUUUGGCCCAGACGCUGCAAUGUCCAACAAAUUCUUCAGCAGAAAUACUACACUGUCUUCAAAACAAAAGUGUAGACUCGAUUCAAAGAGAAUAUAGCAAACUUCAACACAGCAGUUACAAAAUGAGGAAAGUAUUAUUUCGUCCAAUAGUCGAAGUUGGAAGCCCACAUGCGUUUUUAACUGAAAAUCCACUAACUACAUUUUCUAAUAAACCCUGGAUGGUUGGAAUUGUUCAAAACGAAGGUCUUUGGAAGAUACACAUGCCGUCACUGAAUGAAACAAUACAAUUUAUAAAGACCGAACAUAAAAAGUUUCUCCAAAGCAUUUUAUUUUUUGAAGACACUACUUCACAGCCAAAUGAAAUUGCUGAUAAAAUUUACGACUUUUAUUUUAAAAACUCCACGACAGAGAAUGAUUUUGUGGUAUCACUAGAGCAUGUUAUAACGGAUUCAUAUUUUUUCUGGCCUACGUUUCAAGCACUGGAGCGACACGAAGGAUUGACGUAUUGCUACUUGUUUGAUCAUGUUGGACAACAUUCUAUCACAGAACUGUUCCAAGCCCCAAAGGGAUUUGGAGUGAGUCACAUGGAUGAACUACUCUAUUUGUUCCCGAGGAAACUAUUUUUUCCAAGGGAAAUGAACCAAGAAGACACCAAUAUUUCAAAUCUUUUAAUCAAACUUUGGGUGAACUUUGCGAAGGAAGGCAACCCGACUCCUACAGCAAUCAGCCAGAGCCCACAGACUGUUAAAGAUAAACAAAUCACAUGGGAACCAUCAGUGAGUGGUGAACUCAAGUUUUUGAAAAUACAAACCAAUGCUUUAUCCAUGGUGAAAAAUGUGUUUCCUCAGAGGAUGAACUUUUGGAAACAAUUACCUAUAUGGGAUAAAAUGCUGUAAGUAUUGAGUAAGGUUAUUUUUCAGAAAGUUGUAACUUAAAUAAAUGAAAAAACUGAAUCUUGAUAAAAUGUUAUCUUAC